GUUAAAGAAGCGGAGGCCCUCUCCUCCGUCACGUCUGCUCUCUGAACUGAACUGUUCUGUUCUUCUCUGCAACAAACAGUGCGGAGUACAACACAACAACGACAAGUAUGGCGGCAUUGGCCUUGAUUUCGAGUCACGAAUGCCAAUGCCAAUACCAAUUACCUUCCCCCUCCCUACCCAACACUCCUCCAUUCAGCCCCACCAACAAAUUUCCAUUCCAAUCCCUCGAAUCCCUCUCCGCUCGACCUAACCCCUAACUAAACUAAAACCUCCUCCGUCCCCCGCCCCCCCUCCUCAUCAGUACCUUUCUUUAUCUUUCACUCUGUCGUUUACCCAACUGGUCACAUCACUUUCCCCGAAGCGAAGCGCUGUCGCCAACUCACAGUGGGCUUGCUCUGCAUUAAUUGAGAUCUGUUUGGCAUUUGCGGGCUCGAUUCUAGUUUCGGCGCAUUUGUGAGUCCAAAUCGUUGCUAGGAGAAUUCAAUUUCUUGCAGAAUGUAUAUCCGAUUGUACAGCGAAUUCAUUCCGGCUAGGGUUUGAAGUUGCAGAAAAAUGGAUGAGAGGAUGAAGAAAUACAGGCAAGUGAGCCCCGAACGAGCCAAAGUAUGGACGGAAAAAUCCCCAAAAUAUCACUACAAUCACCACUACAAUCAACAGCAGCAGCAGCAGAAUCGCAAAGUGCCUGUGAUUUAUUAUCUAUGCAGGAACAGACAGCUCGAGCAUCCCCAUUUCAUGGAGGUGCCUUUAUCUUCCCCCGAUGGCCUAUACUUGAGAGAUGUGAUUGAAAGGCUUAAUGCUUUGAGAGGCAGAGGCAUUGCUUCGUCAUAUUCUUGGUCUUGCAAGAGGAGUUAUAAAAAUGGUUUUGUGUGGCAUGAUCUCUGCGACAAUGAUUUGAUCCUUCCGGCUCAUGGGAACGAGUAUGUUCUCAAAGGUUCCGAGCUCUUCGAAGAACUUGAUUCUGGCCGGUUUAGUCCUGCGGAGACUGUGAUAUUACAGAAUCAGAAAAUGCUUCCAGAGCCUCCCUCUUGCAGAAGCCAUGAGGAGUCUUCAUCUUCCUCCAGCUUGAAUGGAAAAACUGCGAAAAAUUCUCAGGACGACGAAUUAUCUCCACCCGAUCGACACCCUUGCUCGUCGGUCGUCUCUCCCGAGUACAGUGCCGCGAAAAAUGCUUGGAAUGGUUCUUUGAGCUUGGCCGAAUACAAAGUGUACAAAAGCGAUGGCUUAGCCGAUGCUUCGACUCAGACUGAGGAAAAUUCCGCGAGAGCUGUUAGAACUCAGGAUACUUGCACGAGAGGCGUUUCGACAGACGAUGGAUUGCUGGAUUCGGAGAAUCGUCCAGCGCGUCCAAACCAAGUAAAUCGGGUGAAAGAAACUUCCGAGAUAUGUCGAGACUUUGUUUCGCCGCCUCCUUCGACGUCAAGCGCAUCUUCAUCGAGCGGGAGAGCUGAUACUUUAGAGAAUCUAAUUAGAGCCGAUGCUCGGAAGCUCAACAGCUUUCGAAUACUAGAAGAGGAGGAAUUCCGAAUGCCGUCGUCCAACCCGAAGCUGAAAGCUUCGAACAUGAUAAUGCAAUUAAUCUCGUGCGGUUCGAUUUCCGUGAAAGAUCACAGCUUCGGCCUAAUCCCGACUUACAAGCCAAGGUUUUCGCACUCCAAGUUUCCCUCGCCGUUGUUCUCGACCUCACUGAUGAUGGGCGAGCUCGACUGCCUGGCGGAGAAUCCUCGUUCGAUGGGCAUGACGCUGGAAGACAAAGAGUACUUCAGUGGUAGUUUGAUCGAAAUGAGCAUGUUGAAGGAAGGCGUCCCGAUUCUGAAACGAUCAUCUUCAUUCAACGCGGAUAGAAGUACCGAACAAUUCAACUCCGAGGACAAGGAAGACGGACACUGUGCGCCGUCAAAGUGCAUUCCGAGAUCCAUUAAAGCUUCUCUGAGCAGGCAGCCGAGGUGCGAAUCGAUGAGAUCCCCAACAUCAGAUGGGCCCAGAAUUUCAUCCGAUAGGGUUGAAAGUUCUCGAACGACUAUCCCAAGCUCGUCGAAUGGUGGGAGCAAGAGGAUGGCCGAGCCUCGGAAGAAUCCGGGCACACCGGAGAAAGAAAACGUGAUCAAAAUAGAAGAAAGGCUUGCUUCCGGAGCCCGUGUUAUAAUUCAAUCGAAAGUAGCUUGUGAUGAUGACAAUGGGGAAUCUCUUGGCAGGCCCUUUUGAGCUCGCCAUUGAUGGUAAGCAGUGAGAAACAGUCCUGAAUAGAAUUGAACUAUUGAGUUAAUUUCAGAGAUAUAUAUAUAUAUAUGUGUGUAUGUAUAUCGAGUCUAUUGCUUUGUUUUGAGAAGAAAUGGUUACAAUAUUAUUUUGUGUUUGGUCAAGGAAACAAUUCGAUUGAGAUAUGGCUUUCCAAAAGGGCAUUUUAAAAUGGGUCAGUUUAUUGACUGCUUUAAUAAUUUGUGAUGAUAUAAAGAAAUAAUU